AUGAUUGGCUACUGCAGGUUGAAGAUGGAUAGAUAUAGUAUUAUUUAUACACUUACAAUAUUAUGUUUGGCUUUAAACCAUGCAGCAGGGUAUAAACAUGUUAUUUUUAUGCAUGGUAUAUUUUCUGGUCCAUCAGAAAUCAUUGCAAUUCAAGAAUGGUUGAAAACUGAUCACCCUGGUACCAACAUUACUGCCAUUAAUCUCUAUGAUGAUUUGAAGAGUUUAGUAACACCAAUGUGGAAACAAGUAGAUAAGAUUUCUCUGAAAGUUCAACAAAUAAUGAAAGAAAAUCAUGAUGGUGUCCAUUUACUGUGUUAUUCACAAGGUAUAAUAGCAUUUUUCUUUUUUUAA